AUGUCUACCGAGGAGCACCAGGUCAACCUGUAUGCUCGUUACGAACAGCGGCUGCUAUCGGGGAGUCUCUCAAGGCCACAAGUGAUUCCAGCAGUGGUAAUUACCGGCUUCCUUGGAAGCGGCAAGACAACCCUAGUGCAUCACAUACUCCGCAACAGGGGUGACCUGCGCAUCGCCGUACUAGUCAACGAAGUCGGGCAACUGGACGUUGAUUCUCAGCUAGUCAACGCAAAGCAGGGCAAUGCCGCUCUGGGUCUCCCCGCCGUGGACCUCUCCGGCGGCUGCGUGUGCUGCUCCCGAGCUGAAGACCUGGCAGAGGCGCUCAGGACACUCAGAGCGCCGCAUCAGGCCGCUGCUGGUGCUGGUGCUGGUACUGCCGCCGGGACUCGAGGGGGCUGGGGCCUCGGAGGCUGCUCCUCUUCUGCGCCUUGCGACUACCUGCUCGUUGAGACGUCGGGGGCUGCUGAUGCGGGCCCCCUGGCGGAGGCGCUGGUGGCGGGUGGCUUCCGACUGGAUGCGGUGGUGGCGGUGGUGGAUGCGGAGGCGGGCAGGGAGGCGCUCGCGCUCCCGGUGGGCCGGGCACAGAUCACCAGCGCGGACGUGGUGGUGCUGAACAAGUGUGAUCUUGUGUCGCCCGGGAUGGGGCCGGGGCAAGGCGGAGGUGGAGGUGGUGGUUUAGGAGCGCUGGCGGACAUGGAAGACUUGAUUGCGGAGAUGGCGCCGGGAGUACGGAUUGUACGAGCGCGGUACGGCGAGGUUCCACUGACUGCCGUACUUGACGUGGAGCCCGUGGGCCCGGGUGACGGCGACACUACCAGCGGCUUCGUGACUGCCGUAACGGCAGCGGCGCCGGCGCCGCCGACUGCGGUUAGUGGCAGCGGCGGCGACGGGGGUCCCCGUACGGCUGAGGGCAUGGCGUCGUUGCGGGUGGUGGAGGGGCCCUGCAGUCUGGGGGCGUUUGCGGCCUUCGUACUGGAGCACCUGGUUCCGGAGCCAGCCCUGCUGCGCAGCAAGGGCGUGUUGUGGUUCGGGGGGGAGCGGCGGCUCCACCGCUUCAUCUUCCACCUCAGUGGUCGCCGCCGAGUGGACCUGGCGCAGGAGGGGCCGUGGGAGUCUCCACCUGCCUCGCAGCUGGUGCUCAUAGGCACGGAUGCGGCGGCAGUGAGGCGGCUGAAGGAAGCCUUCAUGAAGAAGGUCGCAGUAACUGCAGCAGCAGCAACAACAACACCCGCCAGGCCAUUGGCGUCCAUCAAAGCGAUGGAUGAAGGCUUCCGACGUGGCGGGGAUGCUAGUGAUGAGGGGCGUCGUGAAGGUGGUGGCGGCGGUGCGGUGGUGGUGGCGGCAGAGGCGGCGGCUGCGACUGGCGGCGGGGUUUCGGAGCUGCUAGCGGCGGCGGCCGCGUGCAUUGAGGCGGAGGAUAGGUUGGAGCUUCUGGGCUGUGAGCUCUGGGGGGAAGUGGCGGCGGCAGCGGCUGAGGUGGCGGUGUUAGUGGAGGCGGGCGGCACGGAAGGUGGCGGCGCUAGUGGCAACGGCGGCGGCGGCGGCCGAGGACGCGGUGGUGGUGUGCUGCUGCAUUUUACAACACUUGGAUCACCCCUCCACGGCAUCAACGCGGAGAGUCUCAACGAGGAGCUGAUGCGGAGGGCCAAUACGAGCGGGCGACUGCUGCUGGUGGCGGUGACGGCUCCAGGGAAGGUCAGCUCGGUCACCCACAUGCAGUCCAGGGACAGCCUUGCCGACGCCCAGGAGCAGGCGACACUGUGUGUGAAGAGCUUUGCGGGGCCUCUAUUGCGCAAGGCCUACGCCCACCCGCGCACCGUCGCGGGCUUGCAGUACCUGCCCAACGAAGCGCCCCUGCACUCACGCAAGAUUAGCAUUCAUCACGCGCAACAAAAGGAGGUGCAAUUCGCGAGCAGUAAAAGCUGUGGAAUUGACAUAGAAAUGCGCUUCCGCAGCUGCGUAAUACAGUUCCCCAUUCAGCGGGCAGACUGGCCGGGCCGCAUCGCAACAGGCGCUGCAACACACACGCUGCCGAGCGGUGCUGCGCUUCCCAGCCCCUUCCUGCUCGCCUUCACGACGCACGCCUCGGUUUCGCGGCUGUUGUCGGAUGUGGGUUCAACGUCCGUUCAACCCCUUGCUGCCGGCGGCCAUGCGGCCGGCGGCUGUAGCAGCUCCCCUUUGGGAACAAUAGCAAUGAGCAGUAGCGCCCCCAGCGGUCAACUUCAUACCCAUCGUGUCCUUCUCCACGGCAACCGUUCGGGUUCCGGAGCUGCUUCAUAUCUUGGUUCUCUCGGUUCCGGAGCCGCCGGCGGCAUGCUGAGUGGGGACAGCGUGGAUCACACAACGCCCCGAGACGCUCUUUUCAAUCUGACGAGGCUGAACGGUACGAUUGACCGCGACAUCGACGGUGAGCUGUCGACGGUUGGUUCCAUGAACAGUACGACACAGUAUCCGCUGCCGUUUCUUGGCUCCAAAACCAGCGGCCUCAUAGAGGAAGGCGGUGUUGGGUUCACCGAGUUGAUGAAAGGCGCUGCCUGGUGCAAUCCCGGCGCCACGACGCCGGCAAUGGCAGGCGCGGGGGUGGACUCUAUUAUGAGCGGAGCUUGUCGUACCGUCGGCAGCGCCGACGGCACAGCCGGCGGCGACUUUUACACCGCUAGCGGCGGCGCUGGAGUGUACGGCAGUUUCCCUCUCAGCAGAGCUGUUUGUGACGCUCCUGGCACGUCGUACUAUCCGCUGCUGAGCACAUCUCACGUCAGGGAAGCUGGCGGCGAAGGCCCCUACCCACCGGCUCUCCUGGACGGGUCUACUGACUUGCUGCUUCCAGCAGCUGGGGGCCCCGGGAACCCCGGAGGAGGUCGGAGCCCCGGGCGGGCUGACGGCUGGGUUCCGGCCUGUCGACACAGUGCCUCGGGUACUGGCGCCGUCCUGUCGACCCCCCCCAGCGAUACGCCGAUACAGCUGUCACCACUACCCAGGUUCCGACGCACCUCCUGGGGCCGCAUCCGAUCCCUGGGAGUCAGGGCCGGCAUCUCCUCGCUGACUCAGGUUCCAGAAGAGGAUCCCAGGAUUGGCUCGCCAAAGCCACCGCGGGGCAGGGCAGCUCCCCUGAACGCCACCCUGCCGUACUUCUCAGGCCACUCCCGACAGCUGGAACCCAAGGGGCACCUUCAGAAACCCCCUAGGGCCACAACUGACGGCGGCGGCGCCGCGCGCGAAAUCAACAUGCCUACGUGCGGUGCCAUGGCGCGCACGGAGGUCGACGCCGACGGCAACCCCACGGCGGCGACGGCGGCGGCGGCAGAGGCGCAGCCGGUGUCGGCGGCCGUCGGCGCCGCUAUCGCAGCAUUCGACGGUAUUGGCAGUGGCGCGGACGCCGUGUGCCGUACACGGCUAAGCGGCAAUGGCGAUGGCGGAGACGGCGUCAGGAUCAUGCAUGAAUCCGAUGUCGCUGCCGUUGCUACUACUGCUACUACUGCUGCUUUUGCUGCUGCUACAGUUGCAGAAGCAGCAGCAGCAGCUGCUGCUACAAGCGCAUUCUGGGACACCGGCCUGGACCACAACGAAAAUGUCGCCGCGGUCGCCCACCACCCACAGUCCAACGGCGGUACGGAAGAUGGCGCUGCGGAUGUGAUGUGCGCGACAGGGUCGGCCGGCGGCGCAGGAGCGGAUUCCGCCGGAGGCCCCUCCCCCGGUUGCCUUGGCCCUGUCCCGGAAUCAGCCAUCAGCGCCGUUGCAUCGCUGUCCGUGGAGCUGCAGAUGCCGCCUGCCGGGGCAGAGCUCAUCGGCGUUAAGGCUGCGAGAGCGGACUUCGCUUCAGCGGCGGCGGCAUGGGUACAGGGCACGCCGCCGCGGCCGCUGGAACUGCCCCACGGCGCCGCCGCCAGUGCCUCUGCCUCUGCCUCUGCCGCGUCAUGCGGGAUCCGUUCGACCACCAACGCAAGUCUUGGAAGCUUGCAAUCAGCCGCUGAAGGAGGAGGAGGAGGAGGAGGAGGCGGCAGCCGCCGCCGCCUCCUUCCCGACCUUCUCCGCCGCUGCGGCAGCAGCCUCAACGUGAUGGGCUUGCGAAUUAACACGAGCUCCUCUCAAACGGGAGCCAAAGUCAGCUGGCUGAAGCGCGGAAGCAGCGUCAACUCGCCCGCUGCGUCGCCCCAUCAAGGCAUGGCGGGCGGCGGCGGCGGCGGCGGCGGCGGCAGCGGUUGGGCCCUGCGGGACACGGACCUGAGCCGCUUUGACGUCGCCAGCCCCGGAGGGCGCCCCCUGGCUGACCCAGGGUCCCCCACGGGCUCCAUUUUCGCGAGCCCAGUCACGCAGAUUGGCAGCGGUUGUACGACGCCGUACACGCCGCAGUACACGUCGUACACACAACACCCGAUGCACGCAAUGCAGGUGGACCCCUCAGAGGUGGUGCUGGGUAAGCUGAUUGGGCGCGGCUGUGCCGGCCGUGUGCACCGGGGGACCUUUCGCGGUGAGGUGGUGGCGGUCAAGGUCAUCACGCACUGCGAGGCGGCGGCGGAGGACGGCAGCAGCCUCACACCGCUGACGGAGGCGCAGGUUAGGAACCUGGAAAAGGAGGCGGCGUUGGCGUUCGUGCUCAAGCACCCCAACAUCGUCGCUACCUACGCUGCCUUCACGCGAGUCUCCUCGCCAGCGGCCCUCGCCUCGGGCUAUCCCCACUCCCCGGCGUCCAGGAGCUCCUCCCUGCACCCCCCCGGCCCCGCCAGCCACAUCCAGCUGGUGGCUGCACUGGAGCGUGUUAACACCGCGCGAGUUACGCCGUACAGCUCCCCCGUCUUGGGGCACCAGCGUGCGUCUACGGCUUUUGACAGCGUGGCGGCGCCGACGCCGCCGACCCGUUGGUAUCCAUCAUCUCCUAGCUUUCGCGGGGGCGGCGGCGGCGGGAUCGGUUUCGGAGCUGGUAUCGGCAGCAACGGUGGUGGCGGCGGCGGAUUCCCGAGCCCCAUGCCAGGAGGCGUCAGCCGGAUCGUCUCCCGCAUGCCGUCAAGCUUUGCCCGGGUGGCGGGUGGCGGCGACGGAGCCCCGCCGGCGGCAGCGGACGACGACUCCGUCGGCUCUACCGUCACGGCUUCCGGCUCCACCGCCGCCGCCGCCACGCCGAACCGCUCCACGCACGUUGGAACGGCCCCGGCGCUGCUGGCGGUGUGUGCUGGCGGCCCUGGCGGGCUCGGCGGCAGCGCAUGUACGGCACACCGAGUAGGGCCCGUGCGAUGGGAGGUGUUUAUCGUUAUGGAGCUGUGCCCUUGCGGCUCGUUACGGGCCGCUCUGGAUGCUAAAAAGCUCCACAACAAGAAGGGCAUGCCCCACUUGCAUGAGGUGCUGCCGUUGGCCUGGGAGAUCGCCUGUGCAUUGCAGUACCUGCACGCCAACAAUGUCGUACACGGCGACCUGAAGGCCGCCAACGUGAUGUUGUCGGAGGCUCCGCCGCCGCCCAUCGAUGAUCUAGACGCAGCGGCAGCCGCGCGCGCGUCGUUUUUGAGCUCGGCUGCCGGCGGCACCGUUGCUGCCGCCGCCGCCGCCGCCGCCGCCGGCAGCACUAGCAGCCCCAGGCUGGGCUCCCCCCGGCUGCAGCUACGACCCACCUACACUGCCAAGGUGGCGGACUUCAGUCACAGCCACCAAGUGGAGCUGGCCUUGCGGCGGCUGCGGGAGGGGGCUGACGGAUACGCCGGCGACGAUAUGCCGAUGUGGGACGGCGCCACGGGCGGGAUGGCCUCCCCCUCUCACUCGGCUCCGGAGCUGUUCGAUGACGGCGCGAGACCCACUUUUCAGUCUGAUGUAUACGCGCUCGGCGUCGUGCUAUGGGAGCUGUACAGUGGGCACCGGCCGUACGACAAAUGCACGCUGCUGGACGUCAUGGCAUUCAAACGAGCGCGGCGGCACACCUCGGAGAUGCUCGUCAUUCCGGACAGUUGGAUUCCCGAGUACGGCAAGCUAUGCGAGCAGUGUUGGCUGUCGGCCGAGGAGCGCCCCUCCCUGGACGUCAUCGUCACGACGCUCGUCCUAUUGUGUCGGUCUAAGUUGCCGUACAUACAGCUGUGCUACCCCGUGGCUCUCAGCCCCGACGACCCUGACGGCGUCGACGUACUGAUGCCGUACGACGUAAAUGCCAUACCGGCUGUGUCGCUACCGGGUAUGAUUCUGGACUCCGAAGACGACCGGUCAGUUGCCGCGGCGGCGGCGGCGGCGGUGGCGGCAAGUACGAGUCCCGGCAUGCUGGGAGUUCCCAACGGUGUCGGCCACAACGAUCACCCUCGCGGCAGCUAUCCCAGGCCGUACAACCGCCGCGGGUCGUCCUACAUCCAACACGGCACGUCGUACAUGCAUCCCCGGCUGGGACUGUCGCCGUCGCCGUCGCCGAGCUGCGUACGUCCGAGGUCAGUGUUGGAUCUGGCCGGUCGCACAGCCAGCUGCGGCGCUUUAUUACACAACAGACGGCUCGAUGAUGAUGAAGAUGAAGAUGUGUCUCUGGAGCGGGUCCCUCGGGAUCUAUUUGCCACGACGGACUGCGCCGACCUGGCGGCGGCAGCGGCUUCGGCUUCGUACGGGUACCCGUACACGUGCCCGGGCGACGCCGGAAUGUCGCCGUUCAGCACUCGGACAGCGAUGGCAGAGGGCGCCGCUGCUGCCGCCGCCGCUGCUGCCGCCGCCAUCACCGCUGGCACAGCGGCGGCUGGGAUGUUUAUCCCGCCGCCGCCGAUGCCUGGGUGUUCGCAACAUCGCUUAGCGCAGCCAAGCUGUACGACCUACCCCCCGGCGGCGCCGUCGGAGAUGAGAACCGAGGCGGCGGGCAUGGCGGCCGGCAUUGCAGGUGGACCGAUGAUCGACCUGGCCAGUACGGCGACCCGUAGCGGCACCAGCGCCGGAAGCGGUGACGGCGGAGGUGGCGGCGGUACAACAGAGGGUUCCCGUACAACACGGCAACCGUUGGAGGAGAUGUAUAACUCCACCCGCCACAACGCUGCUGCCGCUGACGGCCGCCCGUCAGGUGCAUCCGAGCGGACGGAACAGGGUCUCCGCCAACAGGUCCUCCUGGGCGCUGCGGUCGAAGCCUCCAUAACUGGCGGCAACGGCGGCAGCGGCGGUUGUGGCGGCGUCGGCGGCGGCGGCGGUAGCACUCAGUGCUCAAGUCGGCGGAACCAUGCCACAGUCCAGGAGCUGCCACCAAGCCGCUUGGAGUCCUUGCCAGAAGCCGAGUCCUUACGACUGAUGCCGGGAGAGGGCCCUCCUGGGAGCCCAUCCGCUGGUGCUGGUACGGCAGGUACGGCCGAUACGGCCGGUACGGCCGACACCACCAACCACCCGCGGCCGGUCUGCGCCGGCGGCGCCGCAGCCGCGGCCGCUAGCAGCACUGCUGCCGCCGCCGCCACAGCCGCUAGAGUGACAGCAGGAUCUCCCAUAAACGCUUCAAGGAUUAGCGUUAGUGAUCGCGCACGAGUUGAGGCCACCUUUUUGGUGACUACCCCGAACGGGAUACCGCAAGCGCCGCUUGCGCUGGCACUGCCUGACAGCAGUGCCGCUGCCGCCCCAGCCUUACCAUGCAGCAGCAGCAGCAGCGGCAGCAGCAGCAGCGGCGGGGUCGGCAACGUCGAUCCCUCUGCGGCUGUCAUCACUGCCGUCGCAGCACCCGCCGCCGCGAACCGUGCUGACGGCACCCUGCCGAUUGCUGCCGUCAACGCCACCGCCGGCGCCGCCGGCGCCAGCCCCGCCGCUGGCAGCGGCGCCGCGGAGGAUCUGGGCAGCAGCGGCUUUCCCGUCGUCUCCGUGUCCGGCUAUAACAGCUUGAUCUUGGUGGCCAACGAAUCCACGGAAGCUCGCCGAAAUCUGGAUCCAGAAUCCGCCGCCAUUCCGCCGGAAUCCACCGAACGUAUGCGCCUGGCUUGCUCCGAUUUCCUGGAUGACAACAAGCACGACGAAAAGUACGUACAGCGAUUCUGCAGCAGCGCCUGUAUCACAGAAGCUGGUACCGGCUCAGGUGCACCGCAGGUCGAGCACAGCAGCGCCGGCUUCAUGAUGGCGCGCCGCGCGGGGCUGGGGCUGAGCAUCGGUAGGGGGGCCAGCGUCAUGGGGUCGGCGACGGGGCCUGAACACGUGCGGGGCAACGCCAGCGGCAUUUCCUGCUUGGGCUCUGGACCGCUUCGAAGCAGCUCUUUGGGCGUGGCUGGGCCUCAAUUCGGUGCCGGUGCAGUUCCCGCCGGCGCCAAGUCUUUCCGGGCAAGCCCCAACGGCGGCACCGCCCACGGCGGCGCCAUUUCCGCCAGCUACUUGCCCGACGGUCCCUUCCCAAUAUCUGGCGCCGGUGCCGGAGGCGGAGGCGGCGGUGGAGGCAUCGCCGCCGCCACCGUGGGUGAAGGUGGCGGAGGUGGUCUGCAUGGGGCUUUCACGCCCUACAGCCCGCACACAAUCAGCUAUACCGCCCUGCGACCUUCGGUUGACCGGGCCGGGAUCCUACCGUACGGCAUUGACCUGGCGGUUAUUGCUGGCCGCGACGGCAGCGCCGUGAUGCGCGGCAGCAGUUCCCCAAGCGAGCGCUCUACUGCCGCCUCCGCCGCCGCCAUAAUGCCGAGCCUGGCGGCCGUCAGCCCACGCAAGCUCGGCCGCUGGCACAGCCGCAACUUCACGGCCCGAGAAUUGGAAGCCAUUUGGACUUCCAUCCCGCGCUUCAGCGAUGUACCGCCGCCGUCGCCGACAGCAGUGCCGACCCCCAAGUCGAUGUCAAUGUACGACCUGUACGGCACUAUGCCUUGA